AUGUAUGGCACAGCGGUCGAACACACGCGACUGCGGCCGUGCGCCCAGGACCGCGUUGUGCUGCGCGUAACCGUGAACGGCCACGUGCUGCUGGACUUUACGCAGCGCGCGGAAAGGCCGCAGCGGCUGCGCGUGGUAUCUGCAGUCCUGUGGCUACACGUCAAGCAAGCGCGGCAUCCAGACGCAUGGAACCGAUCAGCCACCCUGUACAUCUUCCGUGUGCCCCCAUCCCGUAACGCCACCGACCCGCUGGCCUCCAUGGAACACCUGUACCACCUCUCCGUCAGCGGAGCCACGGGCUGGCGACGUGUGGACCUCAAGGACGCCGUGCAACGCUGGUUCUCCAGCAAGCCCAGCCACAAGCUCACGCUGUUGGUCGACUGCGGGGGCUGCGGUCCGGCUUCCAUCCGCGUCAACCAGUUCCGAGGCAGCACACGUCACCGGCCUUUCCUGGCCAUCGCCACGGAACCUUCCUUCACGCGGCGACGCAACCGACGCUACACCCUGACAUGCGGCCAAGGGGUGACGCAGUGCUGCAAGCACCCUUUGUACGUCAGCUUCAAAGAGAUGGGUUGGGAUGACUGGAUCAUCGCCCCGAGAGGCUACUACGCCAAUUACUGCGUGGGAGACUGCAGCUCACCGCGCACUCCCGACACGUUCCGCAACUUCCACUCGCAAGUGAUCGAGGAAUACAGGCAGAGGAAUCCCUACGCCUCGAUAGCGCCCUGCUGCGCGCCGACGAAGCUGUCGUCUAUGUCGCUCAUCUACUUCGAUCCGGACCACAACAUCAUCAAGACGGAUCUGCCCAAGAUGAUCGUCGAUGAAUGCGGAUGCACGUAGCCUGCAGCUAAGUGGCGUCUUUUAAUAGGACUCCAAGAAAUUGGACCCCGGGUGUCUUUCAAAGCUGUGAUACGACGGUGUUGCACGCCGUCGCUAGUGUGCUGAUGCCCUGUCGCGCCCGCCUAUAUGGAAGGAAGGGGGUUCGCCCGUGGUGCACAAGGACUCCAGGGAAGUGCCCGUGACAACACUUGAACAUGUUGAAGGUUGUUGAACGUUGAGGCGAAACCUCGCGCUAUUUCCCGUUCACAGACACUGCUGAGAAUUCGUCGUCCGGUAGGUAUGCGCAGUCGAAGCAUACCUCCGCCGUACCAAGUCCUCGUUGGACGUCAUUUUCGAGUUGUGAAAUUCGAUCCUGGAUCUCCCCAGAGGGGCGUAAUUGCUUCAGAAAAAUUGUUCCUCGCUGUUUUUCGGCUAUUUCCCACGAUAGCUCUUAAUAUUUUACCUUUGGCUCACGUCUAAACGCAGUAAACCCUCGCCGUAACGAAGCCAGCGAUAUCGAAAAAAAAAAAAAAAAUUCGAUAUAGCGGCAAUUCGAAAACAAAGGAAGUGCCACGAAAGCGGUGACAGUAUAGCUACCGAAGUGAACAAAAAAAGAAAAAAAGAGAAAAAGUGGUCAGGCAAGUAAACAAACCUUGGUGUGGGCGAACGCUUUAGCAGGUUUUUAAUUUAUAUGGGCAAACAGUGAGAGAGAGAGAGGGAGAAACGACGUAAGCUGGGUUUGCCGUACGAGCUUCCUCCGGCUCGCCCUUCGUACCAAGCACGGUCAGACCAAGCAGGACACUUUGACUAAUCGGUUUCGAAACGCAUGCAUUUCGGUCGGGACAGCGUGAAUAUUCGAACAAGUCGAUAAUUCGAACAAAGCGAUAAUUAGAAAAAAAAAAAAAAAAAAAGAAGCAAUUUCGUUACAACGAAGGUUUACUGAUAUCGUCUCGUUGACAAACAAGGAAGAGACACAUGCAGCGUUCAUAUAGGAAGCACUCGUUCUUCAAUUUAACAACGCUUCCGUGAAUACUUAUACAAGUGCCACACGGGCUACGAAUAAUGACAUUAUCAUCUAAUGCCAUCCGGACCAUGAAUGCCGUUAUAUACGAAGCUUGUGCCGCCUUUUUAGGGACAUUAAACUAUAUGACGAUGAUCCGGCUCACUUUGGCCGUCGAACACACAGGUUGAAAGUGCAUUUAAUAUUUUGAAAUGUAGUAAUAUAUUAAGUUGACUUCCACGUGGACAAGCUUUGAUAUUUUCAUACCAGGUGCUUUCAAUACAGUUUGCAAAUUUGUUUUGCUGUAAAACGUGUUUUCGUGCAAACUACAAUUUCAAACAAUUCUCAAUGGAACCAAUGAAAACGCGAGUAAGCAUUUCAAUGGGUGAAUGAGGUGUGGCAAAUCCUUUAAGAAGAAAAUGGCAAACGUCAUUAAAACUGUCCGUCUGGCACCACACGCAUCAUGUUAAAACUUGACACAUGAAGCGGCGUAAUGUCAUAUUUCGUACGCUUGUGGCACUGGUAUUAGACGAGUAUGUCAGCUGAAUAUUACUGGAAACCGACGCCACGAUGCUCACAUUGGUGAGAAGUGCCUCGCACCACUUCUAACAUCUUUUUUUUUUUUUUUGUUCUAGUCAUGUGCGUUUGUUGCACGUCAAACUCCCUUCCCCGUUUCUAUUAUACAUGGUGGUUCACCUAAAGUAAUACAAGAGGCGGGAACAUUUCCUCCUCUCCCCGCAUCUUCCGUGCGCUCUUCUUUGCGACAAUCAAGCAGGCGGGCUAAAGCGUUUUUUUUUAAUAUUUUUUAGACUAUUUCUGCUGUGCAUAGUUUUUGUUGGGUCUAUGGUUAUCCGUAGAGGACUUCAUAUUUCUGUCUUUUUUUUUUUAAGAAAAGAGAACGUGAGGUUCGAUUGUUAAUUUUCAAAGCUCAAUUGUGAAAAUUCCCUGAGUUAAAAAUUGUCCAAAGCCUUCCUAAAUGGUAGCAAAACUUCCCAGAAGGUAACUGCCGAAAGUCCCACAAUCCUCCUGCGGGUACGUCGCCAGUUAGAAUUUUUUUAUCACUUUAGGUGGAAACACCCUGUAUAUGCAUAUGUAUAUAUUUUUCUUGAGUAUUGUCGGACCACAGGCGUGGUGGCGGAAAAACAAGAACAAGAACAACAAAAAGGAAACAGAAACAUUCUUAUCUGCCACCUCGUCGGCAAGUGCCAUACAUUCCACAAUACACGAUCCGCUAUCGUUAAUUUUACAUCGAUCGUGUCGCUUCCAUCUCACUUAUGUCCUACACUCUUAAAAAUGAACUUCACCGCAUAGCACGCUGCUAG